AUAUAUUCGUGUUGGUCAAACCUUGGUGUUGUUUCUUAUUCGCAGGGGGCUGCACGGUUUACCGAGAUCCCGUCGUCUCGGUCUUUGCUUCCGACGGGAAGCAUAAAUGCCUUUGGCCUCGUGGGUGGUCUUGGUUCAGACUCUAGUAUUCCUCCUGAAGAAAUCGUGGUUCGGGUUUGUGUAUUUUGACCGUUGCCGCGAGACAAGUGGUGAUGAAGGGGAGGGCUGGGGCGUCGGGGCGGAGUGUGCGGGGCGCCUCCGGGGCUUGCAUGGCCCUAACCGCCUGGAGGCUACAGGGGCUUCUCUCAAUAUCCCCUGGAAACGUGAUGUGCUGCGGCGACGGAAACGAUCGGAGGAUAGGCAGUCUGAGGUAAAAAGAGGUCAGUAAAGUGCGAAAGUCCUCGAGUAUUACAAACCAUGCUUCUAGCUAUGCUAGUAAUCUGCCGUGAUGGCGCGAAAACCCAAUCCUAGACCAUGGACUCCUG